AUGCAACAUGAGCUCGUGUACACUCAUCUGCCUGAUUCCAAAACGUACCUCCAAGUCGGCACGGCGGAUACAACCCAUAUCCCCCCCCCAAUCACCACCGAGUCCGCAGCACAUACGUUCCAGACAAACCUUGGCGCCCUCGCAACAACCCCUGCAGCAUGGCAACCUUCCUACACCAAACUGCGGCGGCGGCGUCGUGCUGAACUGGAUAGACGAAUCCCUUCGCCCCCGCAGGGAAGGCACACUGCCCGAAUCGGUGUCUCAUUCGCGCAGAGUAGCGGAUACGGAGCAGCUGCCAUGGUUCAUACAGGCUAUUUGUAUACGCCUGUCGUGCAAGCCCGGUGGACAUGUUGCGAUGCAUGGGUGUCUGAAGACCAUGGGCAUAGCGGGAAGAAUCUCCUUGUGAAUACGGGGUAG